AUGGGGUAUCCUAAUGUAUUUGUCAAUGCCCAAGAAAACAAGCCCCUAGUUUCCUUUGGAGUCAUAUCUGAUGUCCAAUAUGCUGAUAUUCCCGACGGGCGCUCGUUUCUUGGUGUCCCCCGUUACUACAGGCACAGUCACCUUGUGCUGCAAAGAGCCGUACAAAAAUGGAACGACAAAAAGGUCGAUUUUGCGAUCAACUUUGGGGAUAUUGUAGAUGGAUUCUGCCCAAAGGAUAAAUCUUUAACCGCGGUCCAGAAAAUAGUCGACGAGUUCAAUGCUUUCAACGGGCCCGUUUAUCACAUGAUUGGGAACCACUGUCUCUACAACCUCCCUCGCGAAAAGUUACUGCCUUUACUGAACAUUCACAGCCGUAACCAUCUCGCCUACUUCGAAUUUUCACCGGUCCCAGAGUACCGGUUCGUGGUUCUCGAUGGUUAUGACAUCAGCGCUAUCGGCUGGCCCAAGGACCACCCAAAAACAUCAAAGGCAUUAAAUUUUCUAAAGGAGAGAAAUCCGAAUCCGGAGAAAAAUUCUCCAAACGGGCUCGUGGACCAUGAGAGACGGUUUCUCAUGUUCAAUGGUGGGGUGGGGAAAGAGCAAAUGGAGUGGUUGGAUAAAGUGCUUCAAGACUCGACGAGGCUCGACCAGAGAGUGGUGAUAUGCUGUCAUCUACCGUUGUAUCCCGAGGCAUCAUCCUACGAGGCCCUCUUGUGGAAUUAUAAUGAGGUGAUGGAUAUGAUUCAUAGGUAUAGAUGCGUAAAGGUCUGUUUGGCCGGACAUGAUCACAAAGGAGGUUAUUCGGUCGAUUCUUACGGUGUGCACCAUCGGAUUCUUGAAGCGGCCUUGGACUGCCCUCCUGGGACCAAUGCCUUUGGGUGUGUCGAUCUUUUUCACGAUGGUUUGGUGCUGUACGGUACCGAUAGAUUGAAAUCUCAAGAAAUGCUUUUCUGUCCAUAG